ACAUUUAUUUCCUCACAUUAUUGAGCUCCUCUUCUCUAAACAUGUGCACCAGUUCCAUCUCAGUUCCACCUUCGUAGAUGUCUGUAAAUUUCUCCUGAUCAAAAGGCACACGUGUCUUUAUUCAUGUUUUUUUCCACAUUUAACUCAAUUAAAAAACAUUUAAUGCGUAAUUCAUUACAAUGUAUUAUUUUAAUUGUAAAGGUUUGGACUACAGUAGAGUUAUACAGGUAUAAAUGAGAAGUAAGAGCACAGUGAGGGGAAAUUAAUUCUUCAGAAAAUCAUUUGUUUAAAAAAAUUAUAAAACAUUACAAUGUCUAAAAAAACGUUUUUAAAAGGUAUUCAAAUAUCUGACAGUAGAUGAAGAUUUGAUCAGAAAGGAGUUCAGACAGAAUUCGUUGUUAGUCACCUGAGGUGAAAAGUGAAAGUAAAAGUAUUCCUGUGGCAGACAUGGAGGCUGCUGUACUGCUCUGGUUUCCGCUGCUGCUGUCGGUAAUCUUCUGUAACGAGCUCUUGAUUGUGUCUGGAGCCCACGUUAUAUCUGCAUAUGUGGGUGAAGAAAUCACUCUGAACUGCUCUGUAGACUCACAUAUACCAUCAGAAAAGAUAGAAGAGGUUUCAUGGAAGAAACAGGAUGAAGAUCUCUUACUGCUGCUCUAUCAGGAGGGUGACAUUCUGACAGAAUCAACACAUGACAGAUUUAAGGGCAGAGUAGAAUUCUUCAGCGCUGAAGACAGAAACAAAGGAAACUUCUCAAUGAGACUGAAGGAUGUCAGAAUUGAGGACAAAGGACUGUACAUCUGUUCAGCAAUUUCUGGGGAUUUAUCAGAUAACACAACAGUGGAGGUGCAGCAGCUCGGUGUUUCCUCUAUGCAUAUUGGGAUUUUAGUUUUGUGUUUACUUGGGUUUGUAAUUGGAUCAGUUUUCCUAGGCUACUUCUCUUAUACAUCUUUUCAUAAGAAAGAUAACAGAGAAACACAUCUAGCUGUACAGUGUGCACUUGUCCUUUGUCUGAAUAUCACUUUGUCAAUUGGCAUAAUUCUUUGGGGUGUUACUGAGGGAAAGUCAGCGCCCAUGAAGAGCUCUAACCUGAGGUCAACGAUGUGACCUCACCUGAAGUGCUCAACCCUGGGGUAGGCAUGGCAGAGUUCUGCCCUAAGGCCAAAAUAGUAAUCCCAGAUGCCAAGCUCACUGAUGUGGUGGAUGUGGCUGCCAACUGUAAAAAACAUGUUAAGCGUGACCUCAGCUGCUAAGCUCAAAGAAGCAGCUGGCGUAACCCACAACAAGGCAAAGCAAACCUGGCAAACAGACACCAAGCUCAGCUCUGAGGCUCAUUUAGCUGCAGCCAAUGACAAGCUUCACUGUAAGUUCAAGCUGUAAGUUCAAGAUGACCUCCAAUGAUCUGCUCACACUGGGUCUGAUAGUGUCAUCUCAUUUCAUGACUUGCUAACACAAGGGGGUAACAACACAACCUCCUUCCAGGACCUGCUCAGCCAUCCUGUAAUGAUGACCUGCUCACACCAGGGGGUGACUGUGUGAUUUCCUUCUGCAACUUGUUCACACCAAGAAUGGCAGUUCAGCCUCCUACAACAUUUUCUAUUUUUGUCUUUUUAAUAAAUAAAUAUUAUGUGUACUUGCAUCCGCUUCUGCCACUGUGCAUUUAAUGCACACAUCACACUCUGUCACUUUCUCUCAUCUCUAUGAGUAUUAUAAAACUGAACACACUGUUGUGCUGCUAAAGUGGUGACACUAAAAGGAAAAUGUAUAACAGAACUGCAUUAAUAAUAAUUGACAGUAAUUGUAAUUAUAGAUCGGUUCUGAUGCGUCUUUUUAAACUCAGUGGGCUUUUGGUUAAUUUCUUUCAACAGUUUCUUUAUUGACUUCAAAAUAUCAAUUAAUAAAUGAUCUCAUCUUUC